UUUUAACUUUGGGCUGUGCUGCUUCUCCUAAGGUAAACUGGGACAUCCAAGUGGGGUCAGGACAACCACCUGGUGUACGAUGCAUUUUGCCCACCCUGACCAGAUGCCCACUAGGAAGACUGGCCACAUGUGUCCUGUUUGAUAGUGAAAAGAUCAGGCCACAGACUCCUAUGCAGCCUGCAGGUGACCUUGGGGCCCAGGGUCAGGUGCUGUUUGAGCCUGAUCUUUACUGAGAAUUUGGGAAGCCCCUCUCCUGAGACUCCCCCCUGCCCCAACAGGUGGAAUUGGUUUUCCUGGUCCUGUAUUCUCUGAGGAGGUGGGUCACUCUUGCUCCCAUUGGUCGUGCCGUGAGUGUCUCAAGUCACAAAUCAAAGUUAAUCCAAGAGUGGGAGGAAGGACAGAGCCCAUAUGACUGGCUCAGGUCCUGCCGAGCACCAGACCCAAGCUCCUCGCAACCUUGGAAACAUGGUUGUCCUGUGGCUGGUGCUUCCGGCUGCGCUAGGCACCUUUUUCCUGGGGGUCUUUGUCUGGGCUGUCUUUGAGCACUUCCUCACCACUAAUGUCCCCUCUGCUUUACGACAUCCUGCCAAGUUCCGAUUUCUGCACUGCAUAUUCAUCUACGUGGUCACUUUGGGGAAUAUAUUUGAGAAGAUAGUUUGCUCCCUGCCCAGAUUUCUCCAGUUUUUGCAGAAGAGUGUGAGAAUCAAGAAGGAUCCUGCGCUCAUGGUAACCAACCUGCAUUUUGGGACAAUACCAGUCAGGCUGUUCCAGCCCAAGACACCUUUCCCCAGCCCCCGGCGAGGCAUCAUCUUCUUCCACGGAGGAGCUGCUUUAGUGGGGAGCCUGGACACAUACCACAGCCUGUGUGGUUCUCUAGCCCGGGAGACUGACUCCGUGCUGCUGGCAGUUGGGUACCGCAAGCUUCCUGAUCACCAUUACCAUACCAUUUCCUAUGAUUGCCUGAAUGCCUCCAUUCACUUCCUGAAGACCCUGGGAACAUAUGGGGUGGAUUCCUCCCGGGUUGUGCUCUGCGGAGACAGCGUUGGGGCAGGAGUAGCGGCCUUGAUCUCCCAGACCUUGGUGGGCAGGUUGGAUCUUCCUCAAAUCCGGGCCCAGGUCCUGAUUUAUCCCCUCCUCCAAAUCAUCAAUUUUCAACUGCCAUCCUUUCACCAGAACUCAUGCAUUCCAUUCCUCACCCAGAAGUUCAUGAUAACUUGCAUGUUUAGAUACCUGCUUAUCGACUCCUCCUGGUGGGAUGCCAUCGUGAGCAGGGCUUUUAUUCCCCCCGAAGUCUGGAAGAAGUACCGGAAGUGGCUCAGCACUGACAACCUACCCAACAGGUUCAAGAAGACAGGCUGCCAACCUGUGUUUCCUGCCCCUUUUAGUGAGGCUGCCUAUCUAGAAAACAAACACUUGUUGGAUGUGGAAAAUUCACCCCUUAUAAGGGAUGAUGAGAUCAUAGCCCAGCUUCUGGAGGCCUUCCUGGUGAGCUGUGAGAAUGAUAUCCUCCGUGAUGACGCCUUGCUCUAUAAGAAGCGUUUGGAGGAUCGGGGGGUCCCUGUGACAUGGUACCAUGUGGAGGAUGGCUUUCAUGGAUCACUGAUGUUGUUUGAUAAGAAGUCGUUCUCUUUCCCAUGCUCCCUGAAAAUUAUGAAUGCUGUAGUCAGUUAUAUAAAGAGCGUAAUGUAAGGUUGGGGCUCUGAGUAGGGCAUAGCCAGUAUGGACUCUGCUACAAGCUGAGUCCUUUGAUGAACUGUAUAUUAGUUGAUUAAGGAGAUCCUCAGUCAGUGCUUACUCUGCAAGGGAAGGGUGAGAAGGAAGCUAAGAACAGUCAUGCUUAGUAUUUGAGAAAAUCCCAAUUGUUUCCUUUCAGUGCCAACAGUGUUCAAUUCUGGAUCUA